GACCGCGUAUUUUGAUAAUCUUCGUUCGACCUUCAAAAGCAUUGGCUAUUUACGUCCGUUUGAUGUCUUUGGAAUUAAGUUUGUUGUGUUAUUCAUGCUUUUUUAAACAUGACAUUUUUUCUUCACCUCACUCAUCCUAAUGUACGGAUGAUGUAUAUAUAUGCAUAUAUAUGAGAGAGGAUCAUUGAAUUAGUUAGGUUCACGAAUCGAUUCGUGAUCAUUUUGAACAUAUAUACAUUAAUUACCUGUAAAUAUUUUAUGCUUGAUCAAUAACAGUCUUGAUAAUUGUGGGUUUAUUCAUCAUACUCGGGGCAGAUUUUGGUUUUUCUAUUCAUUGUUUUUGUUUACAACUAUAUAGCUAUAGCUAUGUGAAGGUCAUUUGACUUCGGGAGUUCCCCCAAAAUACUCCAAAAUUUCCUCAAACUUGGAAGCUCGGGUACGUAUUUUUAAGCCUAGGCUCCUAGCGUUGGGAGACUUACCACUUUUUGAGUAAAGCUUAUGACAGAUUGCGUCACAUAACCCGAAAUGUACUUACGUGUGAUUCCUUUUCAGAAUUUUCUAAGCAUUCUCAUUUUGGCUUGUGUUGCACACACAUUAUUUAUACUUUUUUAGUUAAUGAGUUGCGUAAAAACGUAGGGUUUUUAAGUUAGUCAGCUUGUUUAGGGGACUGGAAUAUUAUUGGGGUUUAUAUUCGUGUGGUUUCUUGAGUUCUUAACGGGCGUAAGUACUCCGUUUCCCGUACUAUUAUUCAUCUUAAUCUGUACGCCUUUUUCAAAGAACCGUUAAACAUCUGGACAAGUGUUGACUACUCAUUUAUGCUUGGGCUUGUGUUGGAGUUCCACACACUUGUGGUCUUCUAACCAUUGCUUGGGUUCUAGGAACUGUCCAACCGGUUAGCACAAAAUCAUAAAGUUUCAACUAGUGACUUUAAGGGCGAGACUAUAAUUUAUGGGUGCAAAUUUCAUUCACUCAUUCAGCUUAAUACCAUUUUGUCAUUAUAGCUGAUGUCAGCUCGUGAUGAAAACAAUAAAUCUUAUUCCCAACCUCAACUUUCAACAGGUAAUCUUAUUCUUAAGUCCUCAUGCUAAUCUAUAACCCUUACCUAGCCAUAGUCAAUAGAUGAACGCUUUGAAGUCAUUUCAGCACUGCACAAAGGUCGUCCAUAAAUUAUAGCCCCACCACCAGUCACCGUGUAAGUGUUUUAAACCGUAACAAAAAAUUCAUCUGUGUAAUUUAUUUCUUAGGGUUCUAAAAAAGUUCAGAGGGAAUUUUAUCAUAAUGUGUUCCAUUUUAACCAUGAUAAUCUACAUCCCGUUAAUUCAUCAAUUUUACUUUAAAAAGCGCCUAAAAAUUCAUUAUCUAGGACUGAUAUAUGUUUGCAUAUAAAUGCACUUUAACUCUUGUAGCAAAAAUACAGAGUGUAGGAUUUAGUUUUAGAGAACGUCUUAUUGAAAUAAUUGACUGAUUGUUCUUAAAACAAGAAAGUAUAUAUUCUGGAAGACUUCCUUCAGCUAAGCUUAUUAUAUAAUUUUUCUCUUUUCUCAGGUGAUUAUAAGAUCGAAACAAGAACUUCCAAUUUCCAGCUUAUAAGGUCCAUUUCUUAUUCUUCAGUCGCAUAUUUCAAGUGUACUUUGUUCAUUAUUUACGCUUAUAAAGGCCUGAAGACCUUAGAAUAUGGCUAAAACAUGAGAGUCAAUUCAAAGGAACUUGGGUGUGUAUCUCCUUCUUGGAAUUCGUCUUUUGAAGGCAUCCUCUAUUGGAAACAAAAAGUAGAUUCGCGAUUAAAGCGUGGCUGUAGUUAGUUUUGAUUGGCUAUAAAUUACAUUCCAGUUUUUUCUGAACACUGGUGCCGGUUGAAAGGAAACAUUUUGAUUCUUUGCCGUUCUCCCGAUAGAACGAGCAAUGAAAUUUCAGGUGUGGUGCUGUUAGAGCGUUUCACCGUGUCGCGUACUAGAGAUGAAGAAAUAUCCUACUCAUUUCGUUUAGGUAACUUUAUGGUUCAGAGUUAAACGGCUUGCGCAGAUUUCGAUUCCGGUGAUAAACCUCUUGUAUUUGUCGCUCGUUCUGAAGAUGAGGCAGAGAAGUGGUGUCAUCACCUUAACAAAGCACAACUGGCACCUAGGUUACGGCGUUUUACUUUGCUUCGUGAUGAAAUACGGAGAAUUACAGGAUCUGAUCCACUAGAAUCUGGAUUUUCUAGUAAUUCAGUUACCCCACCAACUAUCGUUGAGGAAGGUUCAUUGAAUGACGAGGGACUUGAAGUUAUGCUGAAAUGCCUGAAUAUUGGAGAUAUGGCGCAUCCUAAUGAGCUUCCUAAUGCUUGUCUAUUUGUUUCUGUAUCAACUUCACUGAAGAAUAAUUGGACUCCAGUUGGGGCAACUGAGAUAAUUGAAUGCUCUCGGAACCCAAUUUUUUCGAAAACAAUAUUUCUGCGCCACGAUUUAAUUGAUGAGAACAAUUCAAUACGAUUCAGUUUAUUUGAUAUUAAAGAUGUAAAAUCAAAUGUAAGCGCUUUAAUCGGUGAAACAAUUACAACAAUAAAAAUAUUAUUGGAUAGUUCAUCUCUUCUGUUACCAUUACGUGAUGAUUGUUCUCCAAUACCUAUGAAGUAUGAGGGUUUAGAGACGACUUUUCCAUCAAUAGUUGUACAAUCAAGGAAACAGAAGCCAUUAGAUCCCACGGCAGCUAAGGUUGAUGCUAAUAUGUUGUCAUUACGUUCAGUAUGUGAUAAUCUAUUGUCUAAACGAUAUAAAUUCCAAGAUUCAAUGGGUGAGACAAUGCAUAUUAUUGAAUUUAUGGGCGAAUCAAAGCUAUGCUAUGCUUUCCCGAUAGAAUAUCUAAAAACUUUAAUUCAAUCAGAAUAUUUGAUAUAUGACUCUUUAUCUCGAACUGGAUCUUCGAAACCUGUUAUUGAAAGCCUACGAAAAGAACGAAUGAUUAGCAUGAAACAAACAUUGGAACAGUAUGAAGCUAAUUUAAGAAAUUUAGUUGAUUACACUGGUCCUCUAUUCAAAUCAUCUAAUGAACGCGCUAAUCCUCGCUAUGAUUUUGUUCCAACCAAUCUUCACGUGAAUCAGAUAGCUUUAACGGAUGUAGACGGCCAACUAGUUUCCUCACAUAAUAUAAUAUCUGUUGGUUCAUUUUCAUUGGCUUCUCGACGUUAUAAAUCUGGUGGUUUAUUUCGGAUGGCAUUCGAUACUAUGAUUACAUCAACACAUACAUAUCCACCUUCAGAAUUAUCUUAUUUAAAUAUAUCAUCGGAAUCACCCGUAGCUUCUGCUACAUGUCUUUUAAAUACAAAACCUAUUGGUAAAGCUAUGGAUUUAUUAUAUCGUGGAACACAUUCUAUUGCUUUAUUAAGAUCUGAUUUAGCUGGUCUUAUUCAAAGAUUAAACGCACCUGGACAGGCUGAACCAUUAGCUCAACGUUUGCAAAAAACUGUAUCUUCUAUACAGUGGAUCUUUUCAGAUAAAUUAUUAUCUAACUUAAAUAUUCUACCAGUUGUUUCAUGUGAUUUCGAAGUGAUUAUCACUUUACUUACACAAUUAUCAUCAGUAGAAAUAAUGAAAUCAACAGAUUCUCAACCAUCACAACCCAAUGAUCAUGUAAUAAUUAUAAAUAAAAAACAAAAUGAGUCUCGUGAAAAUUUAAUAGAUUCUUUAGAUAAAGCUGGUCAAAAAUUAUCCAUUACUUUGGAACGUAUAUGGGAAAGUGCAGCAUCAGUGCUAUGGGAUCAUGUCUUGUCAGGUCUUGCAGAUCUAUCAAAUCAACAAACUCUUUCUGUUAGUAAAGAAAGUUGUGGCAAUUAUUCUGAUUUAAUUGCUGAAGCAGAACGUUCCGCUUAUACCAAUAUGUUACCAAUAAAUGAUAAUGUACUUACUGCUGUUUCAAUUAUUCAAGAUUCAUUCAAUUAUCGACAUCAUGCAUGUGUUUGUCAGCUAUUAACCGCAGUUCUUACGGCGUUGUCAGUGCAUAUACCCCGAUGGGAUCGCAAAGAUUGGGAACAAGCUGCUGUAUGUGGUGUCCUAGCUCAGUUUGAAGGCCUUCUAAGUUGUUAUGGCGACGAACAAGGAAUGAUUGAGGAUUGGGCAUGGGCAAUUGAUUAUUUGUUGACGUAUCGCGUUACACUUCGUCCAUCUGGUAACUUUUCUGAUUCCGUAAUCGAUACGAGUGGAAGAAAUUCCGAGGAUACGGACUCGAACGUUCCUACCUCGAAUCUCUCUGAUACUGAAGAAUUUCAUGUGGAUUUCAAAGUCACAAGAUUGAACGAAUGCGAGCUCACUGUUCCUUGGAAAUCAUGGGUUCAUGCUCCUUCGGAAAUUCAAGCUCGUGGUCGUGUACGAAUUCGUUUACAUCCUGUCUCAUUUGUAGUCGGAAUCAAUGAACUACAAUCAGUUGCUGAAACUUUAGAUAAAACUGCUGUGCAAAACGCGGUAAACAAUCAUGGCUUGACAUCUUUACGCGCUUAUUUCAAUCGAUAUACAAAACAUUUUGGCGCUCCAGGUCGAACUGUUUCAAAUCAAGAUGUCUGGGAUUUGCUCACCGAUAUUACACAUCAUCUUUCUACACCUGUUCGUUCAAAACCAGUUGAAGUGUUACAGUUGGCAUCAGAAAUUACUCAAGCAUUUCAUGGUUUACGAAUAACAACUUGUAAAUCAGCUAAAGAUCGUACAGCUAUGUCUGUUACUUUGGAACAAAUCCAAUGGUUGAAAAGUGAAGGUAUGCAUGAAAGUUGUUUUACUAAAGCUCUUCAAUGUAUUCGAAGCACUGGUCUACGUUUAGAUAAUGUAAUGAAAAAUACUGGUAAACGUAAAUAUGCGUUCAAUCGUCUGCAGCUAUUAUCAUUUCCAAGAUUGUAUAAACCACCAAUGGGAACAUAUUCUACAAAUGUAUCAUCUUAAUAUAUAUCGUCGAUAAUAGAUUUAUUCAACAAUCAAUUUGAUUUAUUCGACACUGAUUCUUAUUUUUCCUAUCUACUUUUCUCUAUUUUCAUUUUAUCAUUGAUGAAAACGAAAAAGAGACUCAUUCUUUCUUUUGAUAUUUGAACAGUCAAUUUAUCUUUAAGUGGAGUAUAAGUAUGUUUCAAUAUUAUUGUUAUUAUUAUUACUAUUACUAACAAAAUACUAAGGAUAAUACUUUAUCAAUGAUAACUGACUUUAUAAUCACGUUGAUUUCUUUUUUCCAAUUUUUGUCUUUCCUAACCUCAUUCUUUCCUUUGUGUCAUUGUGUUUUGUAAAAAUAAAGUCUCUUUUAUUCAUUUCAUUAAAACUCUUAUGCAUUAUUUACUACUAAUUUUGAUUGUAUAGUUGUAUUCAUACUGUUUCUUUGAUAAUUAUGAUGACAAUAAUGAUUGAAUUCAUUAACAUCAAUUAAUCUAUACUUUAUUCAUUGAUGUAUAUUUAUUAUAUCUUAAGAAAUAAUUACUUAUUCUAAUUUAUCUCACGCAAUGUGUAAUGUCGGUAACUACUGCUCUUAAUAUGUCGUGCAUAUAUAUAUAUAAAUCUAUACAUGUUGAGACGACGAGUGUAUAUUGAGUUCAUUUUUAUUCUUUCUUCACAACAUAAUGUAAGUGUGUGUAAGUAAAAGAUGAACUGUUAUUAAACAAUAUUUCAAUGUACAAUAAUUUCUCAAUUGUCUCCAGUUCAUGAUUUUAAAACAAGAAACAUUGUUAAAUCAUCUUUGAGAAUUUUUAUUUAUUUAUUUUUGAUAUUCUAUUGAAUGUAAAUGAUGACAUGACUCUAGAUGUUAAAUUAUAUAGUGUGGAGUUAUUAAUUAUUCAUAAUGAUAUUUUAGUUUUUUGUUGUUGUUGUUAAGAAAAAUACAUUUUUUUAUUUC